AAACAAUCCUAUUUACUAUUUCACUUUGAUUUAAGGAUUUAAUUAAGGAUAUUGAGCAUCUUUUCAGAUUUUUACCUGAGGUACUCGAUCAGACUGACCUGGUCUGACUCAAAAUGCAAAAAGGCCUCAUAAAAGCCCAGUGAUAUACACGUCCAACAUGACGCCUUCGAGACGAGGGAAGUAUAUAAACUCAAGGUCCGUCUUGUUUGCUGCAUUUCCACCGUCUUCACUCUGCUCGGUGAAACAGCACAGCUACAGUAGGUGAGGAACGGCAGUGAAGUCGAGAUGGUUUGUAAUUUGUUCAUGUCCUGGACUCUCCUUCUGCUUUUCAUCGACCCGUUGCUGGCACAUCCUGUCUCAGAAACAGCAGACAUGUCUUACCCUGGACCUGACUCAGUUGAGGAAGCAGAAGGAGUCGGUCCUGAGGACAUGGAUUUAAACAGCCUUCUCCAGAGGACAACAGGCCUCAGUUAUUCCCCGAUACUCUCCAAAGAUGGUCUCAGAGUGUCUGGGCUGCUCCCUAAAGAAGCUCUUAAAGAGGUUCUGCUGGAGAAACCAGGUCGUCUAAGCUCUCUCAGUCACAUACUUGGUAUUAAGAGGCUGUACAGAAAGAGGGCCAAUGGAGCUGAUUGCUUUUGGAAGUACUGUGUUUAAUCCUGGCACAGGAAAUCACAUGCACGUCUGAGAGACUGGGCUUGUGUUCGGGAAACCCACACACACACACACACACACACACACACAGAUAAAAUACAUUCACACUGUGGUUUAAGGAUUAUUUAUGGAGACAUAGAACAAGUAGAUAAAAGUAAACUACUUAAUUCUGUGUAGUUGGGUCGUUUAUAUUUUUAAACACCGGCAUUUUGUGUUGUCCUGUGAGCCUUUUGAAAUGUUACUUGAUAGUUGAUAUCUGCCACUGGAUUAUUUCCCUUUCUAGUC